AUGCAGCCCAAGAUGGUCGCAGAGACCAAAGAUGAACGUCAGCGCGAGCCAGCUGAUAAUCUCGUAACGACAGUCGACAAAGUUGCUCAACGACAGCCCAAUGAUACCGCCGUGGUGUCUCUUCACCAGAAAGACCACCUUGACGUCGGUGUCCUGCGCUGGACUUAUUCGYAACUCCGCGAUGGCAGUGUCCGUCUGGCGCAUCGGCUCGCAGCUGCAGGCGUUCGAAAGGGCAGUCGCAUCGCUACCUUCUUGUAUAAUGAGAUAGAAUGGGCUCUCCUGUUCCUUGCCAGUGCACGGCUGGGAAGCCACUUUGUUCCCUUGGAUCCUCGACUGCUCGACACCCCGUCCGAAGCAGUCUAUCUGCUGAGAAAGAUCUGGGUGGAGGUAAUCUUUGUCUCCAACCUCACCAUGGCCGAAUCCAUGGAGGAGAUACUCAACAAAGAACUGAUGCCCCAGGUACUAUUAAAGGGCAUUGUCGCGCCCGUGACGGCCGGGCACAAACGGGAGGCUCUGCCGCGCGGUUGGAGGAGGUUAUCAUCAAUCAUGAAUGAGCCUGAUCCAUCCGAGAUUGUUUUGUAUGAAUUGAACCGCGAUGAUACAAUCCUUAUGCUGGCAACUAGUGGCACCACCUCGCGCCCAAAGAUCUGUCCUCACACAUCUGUUUCCAUCGUGACCCCAGCACUCGGCCUUGCAGAUAAUUGGUCGCUCACUCGUGAGGAUAUUAUCUGCCAGCACUUGCCAUCUUUCCAUGUUUUCAACAUUGCUAUGAACCUGGCCUUCUGGGUCGCUGGUGGAACCGUUGUGAUCCCAAGCCCCGAAUUCAACCCUGCCGCAACCUUUGAAGGUCUUACUUUCGGUUCACGAGUUUGGAUCGCCGCAGUAACGACGAUGAUCCAUGCCAUGCACACAUACUCGAUGGUCGCAGAGAAAGACCUUGCAUCACCGUACGGAAUUUGUCUCGGAGGAGGCCCUAUUACCCCGCAGGCUCUGCGGGAGUGCAGACUGCUCGGCGCAAGCAGGAUUGUCGCGGGCUAUGGAACGACUGAAGGAGUCGCGACGCUAUACAAUGUUAUGGAUGUGAAUGAUCCACGAGUUACGGAUGUACAAGACGGCGAUGAAAUAUGUCUGGGAUCAGCCGUGGCGGGGUCCCACCUUCGUAUUUGCGCUCCCGGAAGCAGGACACCUUUGCAGAGAAACGAAAUCGGCGAGCUGCACCAGGGAGGCUAUCCUAUCUUCGACGGAUAUUACCAAGGCAGCGAAGAGGAUAAUGCAGCUUGUUACAAGGAGGGAACGGUGCCCUGGUUCGCGACAGGGGACCGCGGGUACAUGGAUGAUGACGGGAAUAUUUAUCUCUUGGGGAGAUUUAAGGACCUGAUCAUUCGGGCCGGAGAGAAUAUCUCCCCAUUGAAGAUCGAGCAAUGUCUUGCUGGCCAGCCAGGUGUUGCCAGUGUCGUCGUGGUGGGAGCGCCCGAUGAUAUCGUGAGCGAAGUGCCAGUGGCCGUCAUCGAGACAUUCCAUCAUGAAGAUCGAAGCUUUUACCUCGGGCUUCAGUCUGUAGUGGUCCGAGAGAUGGGCCGAUCAUUUUCGCCCAAGUGCAUUCUCCAUCUCCAACAUGAUCUUGGCCGCGAGAAAUAUCCCACUACCACCUCGGGCAAGAUCAAGAAGAAUGUCGUCAAGGAAUGGGUAGCAGACCACCUUGGGGGAACCACUACACAGACAUCGCCCCGCACACAGACCCCGAGUAUUUCGGAGUCUAGUACUGUCCUCACUACCUCUUCUAUCACCUCUGCAGCAAAUGACGAUAUCGCCGGGGAACUCACGGCAUGCUGGUCCUCCGUUUCCGGGUUAGAUCCCCAGGACCUCAAGCCGGACAUGCCCAUUCGCACCUUUACCGACAGCACAAUGCUGAUCCAGUUCGUUCAGUUGGCCAAGCAGAAGGGAUGGAAGCUCACACUGAAGGAGCUAUUGACUGCCAACACCAUCGAAAAACAAGCCCAGCUGCUCAGUGGGACUCAAUUCCCACGCCCAAGCCCUCCGCCACCAACUGAAUCAGCGACUACAACGAUGAUGGCCAUCAAGAAAAAGCGGGUGGCCAUCCAGUUGGAAUUACACGUGGACGAUAUUGAGGAGCUUGUCCCGAUGACUGAUCUCUUCCGGAUGUUAGCGGUCGAUCGGCCAUUUCCGGGGGUCUGGGAUUUCCGUAUCGACUUCUCAGUCCGACGUGAUGUAAGCCCAGACAAAGUCGCGGUCAUCCUGGAGACAUGGCUACGACGACACGAGCUACUGCGUAGUGUGGUCGCAACUGUCGGGGAUGAGCCGCCUGUUUACGCGGUGAUGCAACCCAAUGAAUCGUGGCUCAGGCAACAGAUCAUCUUCGGCCCGGAGGUUGAUGACCUGCAUAGAGUCGCCGACUACCAGCUUGAUGAUUUCGUUGAUUCAAGCUAUGGUCCCCUUUGCAAGAUGACCAUUUUACCCCUCCGUCACGCGUCGCGAUGUGGACUGAUCAUGCACAUCCAUCAUGUUCUCUUUGAUGGGAUGGUGAUGGAACGCUGGAUCCGCGACCUCAAUCAUCUCUUCGACGGACAACCCCAGCUGAACUGGUAUCCUUACCGUGAAUUCGUUGCAAACUACGAAGUCUACCAAUCUACAAUUGACGCAGAGGAGUCUAUUCAAUAUUUCGUCAACAAACUAAGCGGUAUUGCCUCCGCAAAAGAUGCGGUCUGGGAUAUCCACCGCGUAUUUCAGAAGCUUGAUGAGAACUACAGCCCCCCAGUGAAGCCCAGUACCAACGUCACCCCUGCGAGAGCCAACCCCGAUACUCUACCAAAGCGUUUCAUCCACUUGCCCGAACUUCCACAGAUGCGCUCCCGGUUCGGAAUCUCCGCCCCAAUCAUUGCCCUAGCCGCCUGUGCAUUGAUCAACGUCCGAUACACCGGAGCACGCGAAGCCAUCAUCACCAAUCUUCAGUCCGGCCGAUCCUGGCCUACUGAGUAUGACCCUGGCGACGUCAACAUCUCUGUACUCGAAAUUGACGGGCCGACAUUGCAGAACCUCCCCGCGCGAAUCCCAGUCGCACCAGAAGACUCCGUCCUUGAUCUACUGAACAGAGUGAGAAAGGAACAGGAUGAAAUGAUGCUCCAUGAGCACGUCCCUAUCAAACGGGUUCAUGAACUGGUGUCACAGGGACGCAAUGGAGCCGAAGACGCAGCAGUCCUCUGGGAUCUCCUGACUACCCAGCUCUUUGACUGGCUGCUGGAGACAUAUAGCCAGGGUGCCGAUGAUGCACUCGAGCUGCUCCGCGAUACUAGUCUGUCGCGGACGCGCUGGGUGUGGCUUCCCCGUCUCUCGGAUGGCAAUGUGAUGCAUUGCAACAUUUACCACGCAGACGCAGACUUGCCUGUGGAUAAGACCAACGUUAUUGUGGAGGAGUACCUAUGCGCAGUGGCUUGGCUGGCUGACCCUGCUAAUGUGGAGAAACCUGUCUCGGCAAGCCGCUUUGAGGGAUAUAUGGUCGGAUCUGCAGAUUUCAUGUAUGAUACCCGCGAGAUUUCUUAA